GAGAAGGCACAGCGAAGUUGCUUCCCGCGCUUCUUGUACUUCUCUCCUCGCCUUUGUUAUCUCAAGGCGUGCAAGCUAUCUCUCCACACAAGCUGUUACUCUUUCCUCCCCUUUCUUCUGCCCUCUUCCCUUUAUAACCUCCCAUCAUUGCCCUAAAACCUCCAAAGUUACGCACUUUCUGUCUCCAAUUCUCAUUUCAUUCAUCCGCUCACAAAAAAGUUGAGAUCUUGUCAACCAAUCCAGCUUUUUUUUAUGGGUUGUCAGCUCAGCAAAGGUUCCGAGUCCCCUAUCCCUAGGGCUUCUGCUGCCGCCGCCAUCGAUGAGAAGAAGCUACAUUACACGGCGGAUCUAAGCUCCUACGAAGCUGCUUGCCAGCGCGACCCCGAUCUGCAAAGCUUCGACACGAAUCUCCAUCUAAAAAUGAACCGAGCCCUCUCAACACUCGCCGAUGGAGUCGAGGUCCACUCUCUCUCCUUUGAUGCCCUCAAAGAGGUCACCGGCUGUCUUCUCCAGAUGAACCAGGAGGUCGUCAAGAUUAUCCUCGAUUGCAAAAAGGACAUUUGGAAAACCCCCGAGCUUUUCCAACUCGUCGAGGACUACUUCGACAACAGUCUCCAAACCCUAGAUUUCUGCACCGCACUCGAACGCUGCCUCAAACGUGCUCGUGAUUCCCAGCUCAUAAUCCAGGUCGCUCUUCAACAAUUCGAGGAGGAACCUCAUUACGAGAAGGCGUUGGAACUUCUGAGUGAGUUCAAAGCUGCUGGUAAUCCCUUCACUGAAGAAUUCUUUAGGGAGUUUCAGGCGGUUUAUACGCAGCAGCUAUUAAUGCUGGAGAAGCUCCAGCUCAGGAAGCGAAAGCUCGAUAAGAAGCUCAAGUCCGUCAAAGCUUGGAGAAAGGUCUCCUUCAUAAUUUUUGCAGCAACGUUUGCAUCCGUAGUGAUCUGCUCUGUUGUGGCUGCUGCUGUGGCGGCCCCUCCGGUGGCGGCAGCUCUGGCUGCGGUCUCGUCUAUACCAUUGGGAUCAAUGGGGAAAUGGUUUGAUUCUUUGAUGAAGAAGUAUGAGGAUGCGCUGAGGGGGCAGAAGGGGGUGAUCAGCUCUAUGCAGGCUGGUACCUUUGUAGCCAUCAAGGAUUUGGAUAAUAUUAGAGUUUUGGUUGAUAGUUUGGAGAUUCAGAUCAGUUCGCUGCUUCAGUUUGCAGAAUUUGCUUCGAAGGAUGAGGAGGCCUUCAAGGUUGGGGUUCAAGAGAUUAAGAAGAAGCUGGGGGAUUUCAUGAAGAGCAUCGAGGACUUGAGUGAGCAGGCUGAUCGAUGUAGCAGGGAUAUAAGGAAGGCUAGGACAGUGGUGUUGCAGAGGAUCAUUAGGUACCCGGAAAAAAAUUAAGUGAAUUAUUCUAAUUUUAGAAUGUGUAUGUGCAUCGGUUGAUUGACGAAGUUGUUUUGUAUUUUUAUUAGUCUUUUGUUCUGUCAAGGAAAUAAUUGUAUACGCGUGAACUCAUCUGAAAUUUAUUUAUUUUUUUAUGAAAGCAGAGACUAAUGAGGCUUUA